AUGCCCAAUCUGGAUGAGAAAACGACCAAGCUGCUUAAUCUCACAGUGCUCCAGCGAAUAGAUCCUUCCGUCGAGGAAAUUCUCAUCACCGCCGCUCACGUUACCUUCUACGAAUUCAACAUCGACAACACCCAAUGGAGCCGGAAAGAUGUAGAAGGGUCCCUUUUUGUUGUGAAAAGGAAUACUCAGCCACGGUUCCAAUUUAUAGUAAUGAAUCGUCGGAACGCCGCAGAUAAUUUGGUGGAGAAUCUAUUGGGAGAUUUUGAGUAUGAAGUGCAGGUUCCAUAUCUAUUAUAUCGAAAUGCUUCCCAAGAGGUAAAUGGAAUAUGGUUCUAUAAUGCACGAGAAUGUGAAGAAGUUGCAAACUUAUUUAGCAGGAUACUUAAUGCAUAUUCCAAGGUGCCGACAAAGUCAAAAGUGUCUCCUACAAAAAGUGAGUUUGAAGAGCUGGAGGCAGUUCCUACAUCGGCAGUAAUAGACGGUCCACUGGAGCCACCAUCUUCUACCACAUCCAAUAUCACAGAUGUCCCUAACGACCCUUCUUUCCUGAACUUCUUCAGUGCCUCGAUGAAUAUCAGAGGCUCGCCAAAUUCGUCAGGCCCUGGGCAGCCAUACCACUCCCCCACAACCGUUAUUCCAACCUCUUACACUAAUGUUAUUCCCCUGUCCUCUCUACCGACUUCCCAAAUACAUCCUAACAUACCUACCCCGACCCCUCCCAUGUCCAUUCUCGACUGCACCGAACCUAACACCACCACCAAACACCCGACCAAUCUUGUGAAGCCUUCGACUUUCUUUGGCCCACCAGCUGUGUCGUCUUCUUCGCCGGUAAUCAUACCUCCCGCCUCGUCAUCUGUUCCACAGAUUGGGCUCCAGUUGAAUUAUGCGAGUCUGCAGAGACCUUACGGUGCACCCUUGCUCCAGCCCUUCCCGCCACCGACCCCGCCGCCAUCUCUCACCCCAGCUUCUGUGCCACCGCAUGUUAGCAGAGAGAAAAUCCGGGAAGCCCUUCAUGAGCUAGUUCAGGAUAAUCAAUUCAUCGACAUGGUUUAUCGAGCAAUGUUGAAUGCACACAAUUCGUGA